AUGGGACAGUCUCAGGCAAACCAGGAUGGGAUGGUCACCCUGCCCCAGGCCACCUGGCUGUCUUUGCUGGCAGUAGGGUCCCCAGGCUGGGCCUGGGUCCCCAACCACUGCAGGACCCCCAGCAAGGCUGUGUGCAACUUCGUGUGUGACUGCAGGGACUGCUCCGACGAGAUGCAGUGCGGUUACCACAGGGCCUCACCCACCCAGGGCACCCCCUUCGUCUGCGACUUCGAGCAGGACUCCUGUGGCUGGCGGGACAUCAGCACCUCCGGCUACAGCUGGCUCCGAGACCGGGCAGGAGCUGCACUUGAGGAUCCAGGGCCGCGCGCGGACCACACUCUUGGCACCGACCUGGGCUGGUACGUGGCUGUUGGCACCCACCAGGGGAAGGAGGCAUCCACCGCAGCCCUGCGCUCCCCAACCCUGCACGAGGCGGCCCCCACCUGUGAGCUGAGGCUCUGGUACCACGUGGCCUCUGGAGGUGUGGCUGAGCUGCGGCUGGAGCUGACCCACAGCGCCGAGACACUGACCCUGUGGCAGAGCUCCGGGCCCUGGGGCCCAGGCUGGCAAGAGCUGGUGGUAGCCACCGGCCGCGUCCAGGGCGACUUCCGAGUAACCUUCUCUGCCACCCGAAAUGCCACCCACAGGGGCACUGUGGCCUUGGACGACGUGGCCUUCUGGGGCUGUGGACUGCCUACCCCCCAGUCGCGCUGCCCCCUGGGCCAUCACCAUUGCCAGAACAAGGCCUGCGUGGAGCCCCACCAGCUGUGUGACGGCGAGGACAACUGUGGGGACGGUUCAGAUGAGGACACUCCCACCUGCAGCCACCACAUGGCCACCAACUUUGAGACGGGCCUGGGCCUGUGGAACCAUUCGGAGGGCUGGGCCCGGAACCACAGCGCCAGCGGCCCCCAAUGCCCUGCCUGGCCACGCCGCGACCACAGCAGGAACAGUGCGCAGGGCUCCUUCCUGGUCUCCGUGGCUGAGCCCAGCACCCCCGCUAUCCUCUCCAGCCCCGAGUUCCAAGCCUCAGGCCCCCACAACUGCUCGCUCAUCUUCUAUCACUACCUGCACGGCUCCGAGGCCAGCAGCCUCCAGCUGCUCCUGCAGAGCCAGAGCCCUGGCGCCCCUCGGGCCCCCGUCCUGCUGCGCAGGCGCCACGGAGAGCUGGGGGCCGCCUGGGUCCGAGACCGGGUUGACAUCCAGAGCAAGCACCCCUUCCGGAUCCUUCUGGCUGGGCAGACAGGGCCAGGGGGCGUCGUGGGCCUGGAUGACCUCAUCCUGUCGGACCACUGCAAACCAGUCCCCGUGGUGUCUGGCCUGCCUCCGGGGCUCUGGGCCCCAGCACCCUGGCCCCAGCCGCCCAGCCUGCAGCCCCGGGAUUUUUGCGAACCAGGACAUCUCUCCUGUGGGGAACUGUGUGUCCCCCCGGAGCAGCUCUGUGACUUCCAGCAGCAGUGCAUAGGGGGCGAGGACGAGCAGGAAUGUGGCACCACGGACUUUGAAUCCCCCACGGCUGGGGGCUGGGAAGACGCCAGCGUGGGGCGGCUGCAGUGGGGGCAUCUCCUGGCCCAGGAGAGCGGAGGCCCUAGCACCGAUGCCAGCGGGGCUGCUGCUGGGCACUUCCUGUCCAUGCAGAGGGCCUGGGGGCAGCUGAGAGCAGAGGGCCGGGUCCUCACACCCGCCCUGGGCCCCUCAGGCCCCCACUGUGAACUCCACAUGGCUUACUACUUUCAGAGUCACCCGCAAGGCUUCCUGGUGCUGGUCGUGGUGGAGGACGGCCACCGCGAGUUGGUGUGGCAGGCCCCGAGCAGCAGCCGUGGAAGCUGGAAGGUGGACACGGUCCUUCUUGGGGCACGCCGCCGGCCCUUCCGGCUGGAGUUUGUCGGCCUGGUGGACUUGGACGGCCCUGGGCAGCAGGGCGCCGGGGUAGACAAUGUGAUCAUGAAGGACUGCAGCUCCACAGUGGCCAGCAAGACAGACACAGAGAUCUCCUGUAACUUUGAGCGGGACACGUGCGGCUGGCACACCGGCCACCUCACAGAUGCCCACUGGCGCCGGAUGGAGAGCCGUGGCCCUGGGUACGAUCACACCACAGGCCAAGGCUACUUCAUGCUCCUGGACCCCACAGAUCCCCCAGCCCGGGGCCUUGGUGCCCACCUGCUCACCCAGCCCCAGGUGCCGGCGGCCCCUCAGCAGUGUCUCUCCUUCUGGUACCACCUCUACGGGCCCCAGGUCGGGACACUGCGCCUGGUGAUGAGACGGGAUGGGGAGGCGGACACACUCCUGUGGUCCCGGUCUGGCACCCACGGCAACCGCUGGCAUGAGGCCUGGGCCACCCUCCACCACCAGCUGGACUCCGGCACCAAAUACCAAGUGAGGUCAGGUGCCCGGGCGGUGGGAGGCAGGGCAAGGCCCCAGCAGGCUGACACCCUCCGCCCCCAGCUGCUGUUCGAGGGCCUCCGGGAUGGCUACCACGGCACCAUGGCGCUGGACGACGUGGCUGUGCGGCCUGGGCCCUGCUGGGCCCCCAAGCGCUGCUCCUUCGAGGACUCAGCCUGUGGUUUCUCCACUGGGAGCCAGGGCCUCUGGACGCGCCAGGCCAGUGCCACAGGCCACACCGCCUGGGGCCCCCGUGCUGACCACACCACAGAGACAACUCAGGGGCACUACAUGGUGGUGGACAUGAGCCCACAGGCCCUGCCCCGUGGCCACGUGGCCUCCCUGACCUCAGAGGAGCACAGGCCGCUGGCCCAGCCUGCCUGCCUGACCUUCUGGUACCACCUGAGCCUCCAAAACCCAGGCACCCUGCAGGUCCACAUGGAGGAGGCCGAGAGGCACCAGGUGCUCAGCAUCAGCGCCCACGGAGGGUUUGCCUGGCGCCUGGGCAGCGUGGACGUGCAGGCUGAGCAGACCUGGAGGGUGAGUGCGCAGGUGGGGCCUUCCUCACCCCCAAGGGCUCCAGACUGGGCAGAGGCUACCCUACUCCCAUCUGCCCAGGUGGUGUUUGAGGCAGUGGCCGCCGGCGUGGAGCGCUCCUACAUCGCUCUGGACGACCUGCUCCUCCAGGAUGGGCCCUGCCCUCGGCCAGCUUCCUGUGACUUUGAGGCUGGCCUGUGUGGCUGGAGCCAUCUGCCCUGGCCCGGCCUGGGCAGGUACAGCUGGGACUGGAGCAGUGGAGCCACACCCUCCCGCUACCCCCAGCCCCCUGUGGACCACACCCUGGGCACGGACGCAGGCCACUUUGCUUUCUUUGAAACUGGCGUGCUGGGCCCUGGGGGCCGGGCAGCCUGGCUGCGCAGUCAGCCUCUGCCUGCCACCAAGGCCUCCUGCCUCCGCUUCUGGUACCACGUGGGCUUUCCCGAGCACUUCUACAAGGGCGAGCUGAGGGUGCUCCUGAGCAGUGCCCGGGGCCAGCUGGCCGUGUGGGGUGCUGGCGGGCGCCUGCGGCACCAGUGGCUGGAAGGCCACGUGGAGGUGGCCAGCACCGAGGAGUUCCAGGUGAGGCCAGGCUACACGGGGCCAGGAGGCCUCGCAGGGGCCAUCCUCCUCGAGUCUACACAGCCUCUUCUCUCCACCCCCGGGCAGAUCGUGUUUGAAGCCACUCUGGGUGGCCAGCCAGCCCUGGGGCCUAUUGCCCUGGAUGACAUCGAGUAUCUGGCUGGGCAGCACUGCCAGCUGCCUGCACCAAGCCAAGGGAACACGACAAUGGCCGUGUCUGUGCCAGCUGUGGUUGGCGGCGCCCUCCUUCUCCUCGUGCUCCUGGUGGUCCUGGGACGGCACUGGCUGUGGAAGAAGGGGGGCUACCCCUUCGAGGGUGAGACGGCGACCGUGGCCCCUGGCUUUGACAACAUUCUCUUCAACGCGGAUGGCGUCAUCCUGCCGGCGUCAGUCACCAAUGACCAGUAG